UUGGGGUGUCUGGGGUGAGUGUAGUCAAGAUUGUGGAGACGGAUUUCAGCACCGACAACGAACCUGCAAGAAAGGAAGGCUAUGCGACGGCAUAGGGGAACAAGUGCGACCAUGUCUUGUGGCUCCGUGUCCGAUUAACGGAGGAUGGGGCAACUGGGACGACUGGACCCCAUGUUCUGUAACAUGCAGUGACGGCACACAGCGCAAGAGCACGGCUAUGCAACAACCCAGUACCACAGCAUGGGGGUCUACCAUGUGAUGGCCAGGAUGUCGAAAUCCUUCAAUGUAACGAAAGGCCUUGUCCGAUUGACGGACAGUGGGGGAUGUGGUCAGAAUAUACACCAUGUUCAGAAACAUGUGGCGACUUCGGCACUAAGAGACGAAUACGUAAAUGCGACAGUCCUAGACCCCUACAUGGUGGCAACGUGUGUCCAGGGGCUAACCAACAGAUACAGAUAUGCGAUUUGCAGCCGUGUCCAGUACACGGUCAAUGGUCUUCAUGGUCCCCCUGGACGAGAUGUUCAGCCACCUGCGACAGAGGCAAGCGAAACCGCCGACGCACAUGUACAGACCCAGCCCCAGCCCACGGUGGCGACGACUGUAUUGGGGAAGGCAAAGAGGUUAAGACAUGCCGUGCAUCACAAAGAUGUCCAAUUCAUGGUGGUUGGUCUGAGUGGAGUGAGUGGGGAAGAUGUUCGGCAACACCUUGCACAGGAGAAGAAGGUUAUCAUCAACGUAGUCACCAGUGCAAUAACCCGGCUCCGAGAUAUAAAGGACGAUACUGUUCGGGUAAUAUUAUCGAUACAGAGAAGUGCAUCAAUAACGAUGGUUGUCCAGUUGACGGCGGCUGGGGCCCAUGGGGAGAAUGGGGACCAUGUUCCCAUACAUGUGGUGUAAUCAGUUUCCAACAAAAAAAUCGUCGAUGUAACAACCCGGCUCCACAAAACGGUGGCGCAUUCUGUCAAGGUGAGGAAUUCAAACCCAGAAAUUGCAGAGGACUUCCACAAUGCCCAGAAGGAGGAGGUGGUGAUCCUGUUGUCCCUGGUGGUGGCGGUGAUGGUGACAGGGUUGAUGAAGAAAGCGGAUCAGGUGAACUUCCGGGUCUUGCCAGUGGAUUUGGUGAUGACGAAGACUACAAUGGUAGCGGCGGCGACGACGACGACUAUGCUUACUAUUAUAACUGAAAGACGAUAGCACUUGUUUUUACGAUUGGGCGAGGUCGUCUUGCAAGUAGGAAAGAAAGAGGAAGGGGUGGGACAUGUUUAGUUGUGUAUUACACUAAAAGAACAUU